AGUUAAUACAUACAAAAUACAAGCAAAUGAACUGUGGAACUAUUUGUUAUAUACUUGUGUAACAAUUUGAGUUUUUUGCUAUAGUUUUUAGCUAGCAUAUAGUAAUGGAAAAUGAUGAAGUGAUUCUACUGGAUUUCUGGCCUAGCAUGUUUGGCAUGAGAGUGAGAGUUGCAUUAGCUGAAAAGGCGAUCGAAUACGAGUACAAGGAAGAAGACUUGUUUACCUCUAAAAGUCCUCUUUUAGUGAAGAUGAAUCCAAUUCACAAAAAGAUUCCAGUUUUGAUUCACAAUGGUAAACCUGUUUGUGAAUCUUUCGUCGUUGUUGAGUAUAUCGAUGAGGUAUGGAAGGAUAAAGCUCCUCUGUUACCUUCUCAUCCUUAUGACAGAUCACAAGCCAGGUUUUGGGCUAGCUAUACUGAUAAGUUGUAUGAUUUCGGGAGAAGAAUAUGGACAGUCAAAAGAGAAGAGUUUGCGGAAGGUAAGAAGGACUUCAUCGAUCCACUCAAGUUACUCGAGGAAGCUGCACUGGGAGACAAGCCUUACUUCGGAGGGGAAAGUUUUGGUUUCGUUGAUAUUGCUCUGAUUGGAUUCUACAGCUGGUUUUAUACAUACGAAACCAUUUGCAACUUCAGCAUAGAGGCUGAGUGCCCGAAGAUUGCUGCUUGGGGCAAAAGAUGCAUGAAGAGGGAGAGUGUCUCGAAAUCUCUAGCUGACUCUCGUAAGAUCUAUGAGGUAGUAAUUGAAUUCAGAAAGAAAAAUGGAUUAGAAUAAACAUGUUCAUUGUUUGGUUCAUAAUACACGAAUGGGCACUUAGUUCUGCCUUGUCGAAAGAUAGUUUCAGAGUUAAAUUAAAGGAAUAAAGACAAUGGCCAAUUGUUGACUAGUAGAGUGUCAGUAUUAUCUAUGUAGUUCUGCUGUCGCUUCUUCUUGGACAUU